UCGAUAGUUUAAAAUCACUGAUUCACUGGAUGUGAUUUAUUAUUAAUGAUUUACUCUGGUUUUUCAAUAAUCGUCGCCAACAACACGUUUUUCAAAUGUCAUUUUAUGGAAUAGGAUGCUGGAAUAUUUAAUAAAUCCAUGAAUUACUCUAAAGUUUUUGAAUUUGGUCUGGAUACAUAGUUUAUGUGAUAAGAAAAACAAAACGCUUGUGUAUUUUUGCCUGAAUGUUUCAACGAUUCUGUUAAGAAUGUCGAAUGAAACGACGACAGACACAUCAACAGCUCCCCGGAAAGAAGAGUCUGGUAAAAGUACCAAUGAAAAUCUUGCAGAGUUAUUGUCAGAUAUAUCUGCUGAAAGAGAAGAAAGUGUAUUCAGUUUAAAACGGUUGCUUGACGUUGGAAAUAAUAAAAAUGUUCUUCGUCAGAAUUACGUCGAUGAAACUGUUCUCAAAUUUACUAUGCGCCGAAUAGAAGGCGAUAAAGACAUGGUUGCUGCAGAUUUAUGUCGUGAACAGAAUGUAUUCAAGAAGAAAUUAAAAGUUUACCGAGACAAACAAAGAAAACUGACUGCAAAACGCCUAGCAAAUGAACGAAAGAUAUACGAUACGAAACAUAAUAAUGUUAACGAAUCAACUGAUUCGUUAGAAGAUCUUCUAAGAAAACAACUGACAGUGCGAAGACCUGUAAUAAAAAAGCAAAGACCUGCAACAUGUAUACCUACAAUGCUGCAACUAAAAACCAAAACAGACCAUCUUAAAGGCACUGAAAGCGUAGAGUUCGAUAAGAAAUUUUUUAUCAACAGAAAAAGAUAUCGCGUUGAUUUGAGGCCGAAGAUUUCUCAUACCUAUCGUGAGAAACCUGAAAUGCUUGAAAAAGUAGUAAACGGAAACAGAGGUUACCUGACUGACCCUAAAGAAGCCGUUAGAUAUUUUGAAGAUGACGAAAUCGACGAAAGGAAAGGUAUUUAUGCCUUGUUGACCGAAAUUCGGAAAAAAGUCGAACAAAGAAAAUUGAAAAAUGGUCAACAGAAAAUGAAUUUGUAUUUAGAUAAAUAUUUUCCAAGAAAAAUUAAAAGUGUUAUUUUAAGUGACGGACAAGAAACUGAUCUGGAAAAGAUUCAGGAUCAAGCACAGAAUAUAACGGUUACACGACGAUCCCAAACAACGUUGUCAUAAGCCUUAUAUACCUUUUAAAAUACGUAGUUAAUUUUUUCACCAUGUAUGUUUAGAAACAAACAGUACACAAAAUGUGAAUUUAAGGAAAAACUUAUUACAGUAUUUGAAGGUAUCAGGGAAAUAGUACAUUAAGUCUAGAAUUUAUAUGAUAAAAGGGAUAAGCGGUAAUCCUGAUAAACUUUUAACUUAUGU